AAGUGCAGUAGUAAAGUGGAAACUGCAUCCAGGAAAGAAAAAACUGCAUUACGCGGCUAACACAACUUUGGCUCUUUGCAAGCAUCUAGGCUGACAGCAUGCUAAUGCUGGCUAAGCUAGCCAAGUAUCCAGAGUGACGUUACAGAUGAAUGCCAACCCCACUCCAGCUGCCAGAACCUGAACUUUAACAGUGGAACUAUAUUUUCAACUGAAACCCCUGGAGUCUUUGCAGAUGUCCGCAACCCGGCGCUGAAACGGGUGCUUACCAGCAGCCCAGAUGCAUUUGCCACUCCUUGUGAUGUCCUUGUUAUGUGAAGUGAUCAGGAUGGGGUCCGGCAUCAUGCAGAAGCAAAGUGCUCAGAGAGAAACAUCAGAGGACUGUCGGAGCUGUUUGGAGUGUUCCCGGGACAACGGCUGCGUGCGUUGCCCAGAGCGACUCUUCCUGUUCCUGCAGAGGGAGGGGAUAUCUCAUCAUGGAACUUGUCUCCACGCCUGCCCUGCAGGACACUACGGACAGAGAGGAAAGGAUGUCAACCGCUGCAUGAAGUGCCGUUCUUCAGACUGUGAGCAAUGUUUCAGCCGGGACUUCUGCACCAAGUGUAAGCCUGGCUUCCAGCUUUACAAAGGCAAGUGUCUGACCCACUGCCCAGAGGAAACUCGUCCCCACCAGACAGACUGCCUCGAAAACUGUGUCCUAGCUCCACUGGGAGAGUGGAGCGAGUGGAGCGUCUGUCACCGGGAUGGCGUCACCUGUGGUUUCAGGUGGGGUAAGCAGACGAGGACUCGGGUGGGUGGCCAGACCGGGAAAACGCCUGACGAUAAAACAGCACCAAUCUGCCCACCUCACAGCGAGACACAGAGGUGCAGGAUGAAAAAAAAGUGUACCACAGAGAGAAGACAGAGUAAAAAAGGAGGACUUGGAAAGAAGAAGGAGCGAAAACGGCUACGACUGCACACCAGCGAGAGCGUUGGCAACUCAACAAACAGAACAACCACAGGGGAGCAAAGACAUCAUGGAGAUCCCUGAGGGGGAGACAGACACGAUGUAACAUGGAACAUAUAUGAAAAUAUGUCAUAAAUCCGUAUCGUUUCCAAGCACCCAACCACAGAGGUCAGAAGCAUAAAUCGAGACUGCAAUCCACCAAAAUCCAAAAACUAAAAGUUCCUAAGAGGUCUUGCUUUUCACUAGUGUUUUAAAACUGUCUAAAGUAGCAGCUUGGUGCGAGGAAAAAUCUCCCUUCAUCAGGUAAAGCCACCAUUAACCUGCCUCCUUGGACUGACACAAAAAAAUGGCUAAUUUCAAGCUUCCCAUGCAGGAGCAGCGACAUAUGAACCAUCUCUCAGUCAUAUUUUCAAAUAAUUAUCUUUUAGUGAUUUUAUAGCCACAGAUUUUUACACAGCUACAUUUUCUCUGGUCAUUUCAUCAGUUUAGCAGAAAUUUCAAGUUACAGUUAUACAAUUAAUAUUAAGUGCAGAUUUAAUUUUAGAGGUUGAAGUAAAAUACCAUAUUAACAGGUUAGGAAUGACAGAUUACCUUUUUUAUGUAGGUUUAAGUUUCAUGUACAGUUUUGACUUUUCUUCAGUAUUUAUUAAUAAAUUAAGGGGCUUAAAAAUAAAUCACAGUCUACCCCAAACACCCCCAACCCCCCCCAACUCAGAAGCUUAAAGUCCUGGUCGUGCAUAGAAAGCAGCAGUGGCUGGUGAGCAAAGGAUUAUUAAAAUAGUAAAGACAAACUGCAUCCAGCUAAGUAAAGAACAGCCUCCAGGAGGUAGGCAUAUCAUCAUCCAAGCACAAAGAGAAGAUUACAUGAGAGAAAUGACCAGAAACUACCCAAAAGACAACAAAAGCCAGAGCAGCUCUAGUACAGACAGACCGGACAGAAACUUGGAUCAAAUUGGACUGCAAAAAUAUUUAGUUCAGUUUUAUUUAUAUGAAAUUUAUGAAGAAAUGAGCAUGUCGAAAGCUUGGAAUGGCUCAUAAUCCCAAGUGUACCUGCUAUAUAAUCUGCAAAACACUGUGGAGGAAAGAAAGGUGUGCUUUUGCUUCCCAUGGUCAUCAGUAUUUAUUGAACUCUGGUGUGUAGAGCAGUACUUUCUACUCAUAUUUAGCCAAAUGCAGCAGAAGCAACCCAGAAGUUUCUGAAGCUCACAAAGUAAAAACUGAAGACAGAUGUUAUAAAAGCAAAAAGCAUGACAUAAGUAUCAUAAAGAGGCUUUUUUUAAAGUGAUGUCCAUUAUUUCCAGAGUUUAGGCUAUCAUUGCCUACAAAUUAUUUACUUUACAUGCAUUUGAGCUCCUGAAGACUGUGUAUAAAGUGUCUGUUAUUCAUUAUCAUGAUAAAACUAAUAUAACUGUAACUUGAAUCAGUUUAAGAAAAUAGCUAAGAUAACCACAACAGAGCCCUCAGUAUCCAACAGAAAAUAAUGUUAGCAGAGCACAAAUUGUUCUUUGCUUCUUGUUUUUAUUCUGCUAUUUUUUUGCUAUUCCAGUGAACCUAAAAAUGAUAAGACUUACUUUAUUUAUCCCAGCAGUUGGGAAAUUACUGUCACAGCAGCCUGAACAUGAAAACCAAACUAUCUCUAUAAAAUAAAAAAGCUUUAGAAGUCCCACAUAGUCAAGCUUGUUACUACAGAGUUUAACUUCACACUAUGUAUUUAAAUCACAGUGACGGAAGUUAUGAGUUAAGAAUUUUAUUUAGUUAUAUGCCAGCUUCUUUCUUUUAUUUUCCCGACUUGUCCGAUAUGCUCAAGUAUACCUUGGUAUGCAUAGUUGGUGUAGCAAGAUUGAAUAUGUGGGUAUUUCUUUUUUUCAGAGCUGAUAAAUGGCUUUGUCUCUUUAACAGCUUGCUUGCAUGUAUUUAGCAAUAUUUCAAGGACAAAGUGGCAUUUUUUUUUUUUUUUAUCCACAGCACGAGCAUACAUUUCAAUAAAUGUUUAUUUUGAUGCAGCCAUUGUGCAGUUUUGUUUACAGACAAAAUUUAGUUGAUCUGUUCUUCGUCUGUGGUAAAUGGCCUGUAUUUGUAUAGCGCUUUACUAGUCCCUAAGGACCCCAAAGCACUUUACACUACAUUCAGUCAUUCACACACUACGUUGUAGCCACAGCCGCCCUGGGGCGCACUGACAGAGGCGAGGCUGCUGGACACUGGCGCCACCAGGCCCUCUGACCACCAGAGGUAGGCAACUGGUGAAGCGUCUUGCCCAAGGACACAACGACCGAGACUGUCCGAGCCGGAGCUCGAACAGGCAACCUUCCGAUUACAAGACGAACUGCCACCUCUUGAGCCACAAUCGCCCCCUGUGCUUCUUGAAGGACAUUCAGAGCUCUUCUCUGGAUGUUGACCACCUUUUUCCUUCCAUUCUCUGUUGAGAUGAUCAAAAAGUGCUUAAAUAAUGUUAAGGUCCAGGCUUUGGGGAGGCCAAUCCAUGACUGAUAGUGUUCCAUUAUCUGUUCUGCUGUGUGAUUGAGACUGAAAUAUUAAACUGUUGCCUUCCAGAUGGUACUGCAUGUUGGAUCAGACAGUACUUUUCUGUGACAACAAUUCUAUCUUGAGAAGAUCCUCAACACUCCUGGCUGCCAUGCAACCCAAACCAUGACAGAGCCUCCACCGUGUUUUAAAGAUAGCACUCACUUUUAAAACUCUCUCCUGAUGUCCUCCAUAAAUGUUGAACUAAAAGUUUCAAAUUUGGACUCAUCACUCCAUAAGACCUGUUGCCACUGAUUUUCAGUCCAGUUCUAGUGUAAACUCAGCCUUUUCUUCCUGCUUUUUUCCUUAAGUGUUGCUUCCCAGCAGCCAAUUUUUCACUUAGACCAUAAAGGGCCAGAUAAAUCUUUCAGGUCCUGUGUCAGGUCAUUUUUCCAGAAUAUGACUUCCAGAUAGUGUUCAUCUGCUGUAAAUAUUUUUAAGGGUUUUUAUUAAUACCCAAAGUCACAAUGUCAAAAUGUUGUUUUCCUGAUUACAUAUUUGUUCCUAUAUCAGUCUAAGUACUUCUCACUAUUGAAUCCUUUAGAUACGACUUAAUUUUAAAGAAGUGGCAGGUCUUCCCUUACACAACACCAGCAGCAACAAUUUUUCACAUUGCUGCUAACCAAUACAACAGCAUUACAAGGCCACUGCAGCUUUUCUGAGUACACACUGUGCAGAAAGCUGAGCAAGAACAGUCUAUAAACCAAAAAAUGAAAAGCAAAAAUAUCAGAAUUACAUAAGGAUAUCAGCUAAAAUAUCCAUGUUUAGUUAGUUAAUUACUCUCCACGGACAACAGAAAGUUGAAAGUCAUCUUUUAUUGCACAAUAAAAGAUCACACAUACCAUGUUUUGACUCAUGAGAUUGGUCCACAUGGGAAUACAGAGUUAUACUUACAAAGAAAAAAAAAGAAGAAAAUAAAAGAUAAAAACCCCACCACAUAACUUAUUUAUUAAUGACCGGGUUUCUGACUUCAGGAUCAGCCAGUGAAUCACAGCCUGGUGAAUUACGUUGCACUUGGUUCAAUGCUUGGAGAGGGCCUGCGAACAGUCAAAUAUUCAACUUGCCCCGCGCGUUCUGGAGGGCAGUUUCACAGACAUGAACUGGACAAAGGUGGUGAAGUUUUUAGAUCCAGUCUAAAGAUUUAUUUUACAGUUGCCUUUCACCAUUUGUCAUCAUUAUACCUAAACUGCAGUUAUGCUAUUUUUAAAUCUCAUGGUCGCUUCAAACUUUAAAUGACACUUUCCCUUCGCUAAGACGGUGCAACGAGCUAAAAGCAAAUUCAAGAAAAACAUGGCUGUUAAUUCAAAGAUAAAUUACGAUUAGGUGUUCCUGUCACUUUCGAUAUAAACCCAUGUUGA